UGACCGCGUUUCAAUGGUUGCACACAGUCGCGGACUUGCCAGCGUGCUUGCAUCAACCAAGUAACGAUGCUUAAAUCUUGCGUCUUGGCUGCAGACUUAUACUCCUAUUCAGCUGGGUGACCGGACCGAAGAAAGCGUAAAUGUGACAUUACUUCUAUGUUGUGCUCAGUUUAUUGUUCUGGUCCCAGUCGUAGACCAGCAAUUGUGUAAGAAGAUGUUGAGUCGACUGAUGAGCGGAAGCAUCAGAAAUCUGGAGAGAGAAUACAAUUGCACCGUCAGGCUUCUGGAUGAUACGGAAUAUACAUGCACUAUCCAGCGCGAUGCGAAGGGCCAGUAUCUGUUUGACCUCAUUUGCCAUCACCUCAACCUGCUGGAGAAGGACUACUUCGGCAUCAGAUAUGUGGACCCCGACAAGCAGAGGCAUUGGUUGGAGUUUACAAAGUCAAUUGCCAAACAAAUGAAAUCCCAGCCGCCUUUCACCAUGUGUUUACGGGUCAAGUUCUACCCCCCGGACCCAGCAGCCCUCAAAGAGGAAAUCACCAGGUAUCUUGUCUUCCUGCAGAUCAAGAGAGAUCUGUACCACGGUCGCCUCCUGUGCAAGACAUCUGACGCUGCCCUGCUGGCUGCAUACAUCCUGCAAGCUGAGAUUGGCGACUACGACCCAGGCAAGCACCCGGAGGGGUACAGCUCCAAGUUCCAGUUCUUCCCCAAACACUCGGAGAAGCUGGAAAGGAGGAUUGCUGAGAUCCACAAAACAGAACUGAUAGGCCAGACGCCCGAGACGUCGGAGCUGAACUUCCUCCAGAAGGCGCAGAUGCUGGAGACGUAUGGUGUUGACCCUCACCCAUGCAAGGAUGUGUCCGGAAACCCCGCCUUCCUUGCCUUCACCCCAUUCGGAUUUGUCGUGCUUCAGGGAAACAAGAGAGUCCACUUCCUGAAGUGGAACGAAGUUACGAAGUUGAAGUUUGAGGGGAAGACAUUCCAUGUAUAUGCAAAUCAGAAGGAGGAUAAGAAGAUCAUUCUGACGUACUUUGCACCAACACCUGAAGCCUGUAAACACCUAUGGAAGUGUGGGGUGGAAAACCAGGCCUUCUACAAGCUGGAAAAAUCCAGUCAGGUGCGAACUGUGUCCAGCAGUAACCUGUUCUUUAAGGGGAGUCGCUUCCGAUACAGUGGCAGAGUGGCGAAAGAAGUGAUGGAGCAAAGUGCAAAAAUUAAAAGAGAACCUCCAGAAAUCCACAGGGCUGGCCUGGUGCCCAGUCGGAGCUGUCCGUCCAUCACCCACGGCCCACGGCUCACCAGUGUCCCGCGCACACGGCGGAGAGCAGUGCACAUAUCAAUAAUGGAGGGCCUGGAGUCCCUCCGCGACAGCGCCCACUCCACCCCGGUGCGGUCGGUCUCCCACGGCGACUCCUUCCUGCCCCGCUUGCGGGCCCACGCGGCGGCGGACGCGGGCGAGGGGCCGGCCGUGAUCUCGGACGAGGCCUACAGCCCCUCAGACAGCGUGCUGCCCACCCCCGUGGUGGAGCGCAACCUCGAGCUCGCCAUCGCCCGCCAGAACAACGGCGCCCCCUGCAGCAUCGAGGAGGAGUCCGAGGCGGGCACGCCCUCCGUGGGGGACGUGCCGGAUUUGGCCCCCACCAGUACAGACCUGAGCCCCUCCUCGCCUACGGAGGUGGCGCAGGUCAACAAGUUUGUCCUGAGCGUCCUCCGACUCCUCCUGGUGACGGUCGGACUCCUCUUCGCCCUGCUCGUCCUCCUCAUCGUCCUCACAGAGUCGGACCUUGACGUGGCGUUUCUGCGCGACAUCCGCCAGACCCCGGAGUUUGAGCAGUUCCACUACGAGUACUUCUGCCCGCUGAGGAGGUGGGUCUCCUGUAAGUUGCGCUGGUUCGGUGGGCUGCUCAUCAAGUGAAGUGGAGGCGACUAGGCGUGGAGCGCCAUGCCCCUCCCCUCCUUCCCAUAACCCCCUGGUGCUAAGUCGGGGGGUUCGAUAAGACACCGCGAGCAAGCAAUUGGAGGGCGGUCCCAUCCCAUCAUGCACCAUCCGCAGGACUCAGGCCACGGACUCAGCUGGGCAUGCUCCUGGGAGAAGGCCCCUCAUCCUGGGUCUCCCGCGUCCCUCCCUUUUUUACAAAGCAAGAGGAGGACAUUUUACUUUCUUUAUUUUCUUCUCUGGAAUUUCAGGUCAUUUCAGGUAUUUUAUUUUUACAAAAAAAAAAAAAAAAUGUGAAAAACAAACAAACAAAAAAAUAUGACAUGUAACCGACAUCAAAGCAAUGAAAAACGAAACAGGAUUAAAACUUUGUUACAACCCAAGGAAAAUGAUGCCUUUAUUUUCUAUUUAUUAAUUUCCAUGUAAAUCUUACUUGGGACGGAAGGAAGUAAAGCAAGAUGGGCAGAAAGUGGUUGAGAUACCAUAUAAAAAGAAAUGAGUGGGGUCUUUUAAGAGAGGCAGACAGACAUUACCUGUUUUAUUAUUAUUUCAGUGCAGAUUGCGAAAUGUCCAUGAUAACCAUUACAAGGCUUUUUCUGGGCUGCCUUGGUGAUUUCACUGCAGAUUUUGUGAGGACAUUUGGUUUUGUGAGGACUGGAUUUGCUUUGUGGAUUUGAGGGAGUCUUGUAUUCAAAGACAACAGGGUUCAUUGUCGGGAAAGAGGAAGGUAUUGUGGGGAAGCAACUUUUAUUAAGAACCUCAGUGUUGAAAACACAUGACGAGUGGUUAAGGUGUUUUAUUUAUAAAAAGGUCAUGAAUUAGCUGGCUUAUUUCAAAAAGCGUCUGCUAUACUUUCCUAGAAUUUCAAUUAUGUGUAAGCAUUAGAAAGCUGUGUAGAAGAGUUCAGAUUUUUUAAUAAUUCAUUUUUUAAAAUAAUGAAACUAGAUACAAUGGUGUAAUGUUAUGUGACCUAGCAAUGUCAGUAGCUGGUAGAGACGUGUUCAUGCUCAACCUCUUGAAAGCACUCACUAGCUCCCAUAGAUCCAGUCUAAAUAGAUGUGCAAUAUUUUACAUUUCCUGGUUUUAAAACAAAACAAACGGCAUACCUUAAAGGCCUUUUGUAAAGAGUGCAUUUGUUUUGCUUGAUUUGGUUUUGAGUAAUAUAUUAUCCUGGUUUUAUUCCAAGUACCACUCUAAGAACAUUGAAUUUGGUGGGUUUUCUCAAUGUAAAAUGAAAUAAUGAUUUGGGCUUUCAACUUCGUGUCGACUAUGCUCUUGCAUUUAUGAUUGUGGGAAUAAUACCAUGAUUAAUUACUAGUGCAGUAAUGAUAAUGCUGUACUUUUUUGUACAAAGUAGUUUAUUUCAUAAGAUAUUGACAGCUUUUCCAUGUAUAUUUUAACAGAAUUGAAAUGUUAUUUUGUUAUUGAAAAUUAAAUUAUACCUUUUUUAGCUCUAUGGUUGAGGUGAGACUUAGUGUCUAUUUGGAAAAUGGGAAUGGAAGGCCCUGAAAGCAGGUAUUUAUCCAGUUUUGCUGACUGCCCAUGUCCGUGUCACCUCACCCUGAAAGAACUGAACCCACAUUUCUAUUCAAACACACGUUCAGUUAUUGACAUGUUUACCAAAGAUACCUCUAUGUAUUCAGAGGCUUGGCAGACUCCAUUGACGGACAUGGGGAAUGAUUCACUCAGAAGCUCAGAACAGUGCUUGUGCGGUCCAGCUUUAGGAACUUAAGAUUCUGGAUAAACACCUUGUUUACUUUUUGUUGACUCCCUUUCCCCCCUGGAUGUGUCAUGUGCGAAUGUGUGUGUGCUUGUGCGUGUGCGUGUACAUAAACAAACCUGAAAUCAAAGCGGCAAUGUGAAUCCCUAUAAAAUACUGAGAUUAUUUUUUCAGAUCAAGAGAGGGUAUGAGAGGGUUGUAAGAAUAGAGGAGGGCUGGAACUUGCUGAUAUGGCUGGAGCUUCGGAUGAUGGGGUUGGCCAUAAGGAACUGGAUAGGUUGAGCUUAAGGUUUAGACCAGGACAGGUCAUCUUGGUGCACAGUCUUAGUUAAACCCACAAGACUUCCUGAGCCAGAAUCAUCAGAAUGAGAAUGAGCUGAGCCUUGCUGCCUUCAGUGAACAGUAUAGCUAUAGAGCCCCAGUAAUCUGAGUUUUACAGUCACAGUCAAUAUGGAUAGCCUGGUAAAAGAAUACAAAAUGUCCAUUUCUAUUGGGCAUUCAGGGCCCCUGUAAUGUGUGACAUGAUUCAUGCCUAACCUGAUUGACUGUUUGUCUAGCACAUUGAUGAGAUAUUAAAGUUAACAUCUUGUUGGCAUUAACAUCACUGAUGGCAGAGAGGUACUGGCAGCCGGGAGCUGGGUUCAUUACUGCUUCAUGCAAAUUGCCGUUUGGGCAUAAUAAAAAGGACUGAUGGAUUGCCCCCUUCAACACAGAACCCCUCAUUCAGCUCUCAGAGUAGGCAUUGCCCACUUUUCUGUGGGAUGGUGGGAGACAAGUGGACAUUUGUAUGCAGGUGAUGUUUGAGUGACAUGGUUUUUGAAUCGGGAUUUUGGUGUCUGACAUGGAACUGGUGAUUUUUUUUUGAAUGGGUCUUUGCCCUUUGGGCGGUAAACACCCAGUUAUUCCUGAAAUUAUAGUUUUGGAAUCUUGGAAUCUAUGAGAAUAAUGCAUGCUAGGUCUUCUACAGGCUUGUGCAUGCACUUGUGCAAAACAUCUUCAAGGAGUUAUAAUGUACCAAAACAUUGACAGACUCUUUCUUUUAUUUUCUCAUCAGUUGAAGAACAAUGCACCCUAUAAAUAUAUUAUAAGACAGAAUAAUUGCAGUGAAGUGUUUUUUGUUUGUUCAUUCUUUUUGGCAUAGCUGUGUGCACUGGAAACAGUUGACAGAAGAGCAGGGUGGAUCCUGACUGGUUUUGUUUCUUUUAAGUGGUGGUGAUGGUGAUUGGUAAUAGAUUGGACGGACGUGAAUAAUUAGUGUUGAAUUGAUGGUCUGCGUUGUACUCAUUUACAUUGUAACAGCAUUAUGUAGCUUCAGCAUAAAAAACACGGUCUAUCAACAACUGUGCAACAUUUUGGCUGCAAUACUCAACAAGCAAUAAGAAAUCAAUUUAACAACAAAAAAAUUUGAUAUGGGUUGCCUCAGGCCAUAAACUGUUGGAUAUGGUUUUCUAAAAAUGGAGGUUGUGAUGUGGUGAUUAUUGAAUGUCAAGAGUAGUAAGAACAUUCUAAAAUGCUGUCUGUUGAAUUAGG